CGCACCCUCGCCUGUGCUCUCCCCGCACCACAAGUUCUUCCUCACUCGAGCUAUAGCUAGCUAGCCUUCUUCUUCCUCUCUGCUACCAGUGCCAUUGUCUGUCCGUGCCUUCCAGGCCCAAGUACUGCCAUUUCACGGUUGCUAGCUGGAAGUGGAGGAUGGAGCGGGCGAACACGGAGCUGUACCUGGAGAACCUGCGCAUCAUGCAGGCGAACGAGCGGCUCCGGAGGACAGCGCAGCUGCUGGACCAGGAGAACAAGCAGCUCCUCGCCGAUGUCAAGCGCAAGCAGCAGCACAUGGCGGCCUCCUCCAAGGCGGCGGCGGCGAAGGGCGGCGGACCGUCCGGCGCGGCGCCGUCCAAGUCCGGCAAGCAGCAGCCCCAGUGAUCGCGCCGGAGAUGCGCGCGCGCGUGCAUGCAUGCAGUCGUGGAAGCUCUAGUCAUCUUUGCCAAAAACUAGCUAGUAGUAGUACCAGUAGUAUGGAGGACAGGGCGUCGACCAGUUGGCUGGGCAGCUGAGGUUUCUGCCAGCCCGCCCAAGUUCGAGUCUCGGCACGAACACGCGGUGCUCACGGAGUUUCUCCUAUAAAGAAAAGCCAACAA